CCUUGGUCUUUUGCUCUGUCUCUUCUUUACAACUCGUUUGGGCUCUGCCUGUGUUCCCAUUCAGUGUGUAAAAUGUAACAACACAGGAGAGCCUAUGGCAGAUACUUGUCAACUCUGCCCUGCAGAUUGCAUUAAUGUGUCUCUUGUGUCUCCAGGAUGUAAAAAAGAAUUUCAGGUUUCAAUCAACAGUACUGGGUCUAAUGUUCAGGAAGGGAACGACAUCACCCUAACAUGUGUUCACAACUUUACCAAUGUGACUCUGAUGUUUGGGUGGAUAAAGGAUGGAAAGGAACUCAAAGGCCAGAAUAAAAGCCAGCUUCUUCUUCAAAGUGUGUUAUCUGAUAAGGCAGGCCAGUACUCCUGCUUUGUGAACAGCUCUUGUGGCUGUUGCAAAUCUUUGCCAGAAGAUGUCACUGUUAGCGACAACAGCGUGGUGAUCCUGAUCAUCUGUGGUGUGUCUGCUUUGGCCCUGGUUCUGCUGAUGGGCAUUAUUAUGAAAUACAAGCUGAAAAGAGACAGCGCUAAACACCGGGAGAGGAUGAAGCAGAGAGCACAGGAUCAGCAGAGAGCCGGCCCAGCUCCAUUCACACCGAGAGAGUCCUAA